AUGCGCGAUGAAGGAACAAUUGCACUCAUUCCUCAUCCUAGUGAUGAUCCACGAGAUCCAUUGAAUUGGCCAAUGAGGAAGAAAGUACCUAUCGUCGCUGCCUUAUGUCUCGCGACAUUCGCCGGUUGUGCGGGUGGCCUUGCUGGUCAAUUGAUUCCAGCACCACAAGCAAAAUUGUAUGGGGUUGAGACCACAAAGAUGGCUUAUCAGACAUCAUGUUCCAAUGCUGGCAUGAUAGCAGGAUCUUUGAUCCUCUUUCCAUUAUCUCACAAAUUCGGUCGUUCAUCAGUAAUUUUCUGGUCCACCGUUGGAGUAUUCAUCACCCAAGUCUGGGCAGCAUGCAUGACACACUCCACACAGUACGCCCCAUUCCUUGCUUCCAGAAUAAUGGCUGGAUUCUUUGGAACCAUUGCUGGUAUACUUGGUCCUCGUAUACUUUUUGAUCUCUUCUUCUUGCACCAGAGAGGCCGUGUCUUCACUUACUUUUAUUGGGCUUUCGAUUUCGGCACGGUGGCUGGUCCAACGCUGUCGGCAUUCAUAUCAACAGCUGGGAAGGGAUCAUGGACUUAUGCAUUUUGGUGGACAGCAGCGCUCGCAGCUUUAGCAGCGAUAAUGGUAUUUUUGUUCGUAUAUGAGACUUCCUGGGACCGAUCGGAGGGGGCAGAUAAUUCAUCGAUCGCGACGCCUGAUGGAUUCAUUGCGAGCAAAUUUGCAACUUUUUUCCUGGGGACGAAAGUCACAAAGCAGGCCAGUUUGAAACAGGUCUUGGGGGUCGCAGCCAACCCAUUUUUAAUCAUGGCUAAUCCGUCGAUGAUAUUACUGGCAAUGUUUACUCUGAUUAGUUUUGGUUUCUAUGUUGCUAUGAAUGCAAUCACUCCAGUUUGGUUACAGAAGGGCGUGAAAGAAGGAGGUUACGGAUUCACCUCCAAGGAAAACGCUCUAUUUUCUCUCGGUCACUGGGCAGGAAUAAUAAUAGCCUUGAUCUACGGCCACUUUGUCAGCGAUCGCCUCCCUCUCUGGAUUUGUUCUCGAAAUCGCGGCAUCUGGAAGCCCGAAUAUCGGCUAUACGCUCUGAUUCUCCCCGCCUUGAUUUUCAAUCCAAUCGGUCUUGGUGUCUUCGGCGCAACGCUCCAAAAUCAUUGGAGCUGGGGCGUCCUCAUUUGGGCACAGAUAAUGGUGACAUUCGGAUCUUUAUCCAUCACCCCGAUUACUGUGAACUAUGCGUGUGAACUCUUCACGAAAGCUCCUGCUGAGACAGCUAUUGUAAUGAACAAUUAA